AUGCGGUCGGGAUGUGGAUCCCCUGGGCGAUACGCUAGUUCGGUUACAUUGCAGCCCAACGAGAGACAGGCGACAAAUGACAAGCGCCGAAAACACGAGUACAGGAUUCCGAAUCAUUUUAGUGAAGGAUAUCCCCAAGUGCACGGGCCAAGAAUUACCCAUGGGAUCAUGACACCAGCCGCCAUCAGAUUCAGGCUCAUCUUCCGUGUGCCGCUAUCUGGGGCCGAGGCAUGCAAGAAGGCCAUCUUUGCGGCGGGGGCAGGUCGCUAUCCCGGCCCAGGUCAAUAUACCGAAUGCUGCUUUUCCAGCACCGGAACUGGCCAAUUCCGCCCGGGAGACACGGCGAACCCCCAUAUCGGUUCGGUGGGCAAGAUUGAGGAGGUGUCUGAGAUGCGAAUCGAAACCGUAGCUCACCCAUACGAAGAGCCGGCUUACGAGGUGAUCAAGCUGGAGGACUUUUGA